ACACACUGGUGGGCGACACUUCAAGUAGGGGUUGAUAGGGAGGGACGGAACUUAGAUAACAAUUUCCUUCGCUCUUCGUCAUCCUCCUCCUCUACCACCUCCUCCUCCUCACAAAUGGAUUUCUCUCAGAGGGAGCAGGAGGAGAAAGACAAGCAGAGCUCGUGAUUAUAUCACAUGAAUGGACGGUAAGUGGUGAGAAGUCCGUGUUUUUUUCUCCGUGAGGGCGGGAGAGACAGGUGAGAGAGUCUGUCAGCUGCGUGGAUCAGAUGCCGCUUUGAAAGACGGAGAAGAAAGAGAAAGUCUGUCUGUGCGCACAGAAGACGCGCUGGAUGAGAAGUGGAUAUCCCUGUUUGAUCAUGGAUGGGUGUAAAAUCCAGGGCAUCGGCUGUGUGAUUGCCUGAGUGUUUCAUCUCGAAACAAAGAGAGUGGGUUUGUUAUGCUCAACACUUUGCCAAGUGUCCACGCUGAGGAUCAAUGGCUCUACUGGUCGUCCCGCUGCUCCUCCAUACAGGACUCGUCCUGGGAUCAAACUACGGUUACGUGGAAUGGUCAGACAGUGAACGAGAAGACAAGAACCCACCAGUCGUCAGCACCCAAAACAUCAACAGGGAGCCGCCCCAUCACCACCCGACCUACCACUCCGUACCAACAACCGUGCGCGCGGUGGUGGCGCAUAAAAUUGAAGAGGACCUGCCGAGGGUGGUGACCGCUUUCCUGCACAGCGGGGAUUCCUCUGCUCUCAGGCAGGUCAACUGCUCGCGGAGGUAUGAGCUGAGCAGCCUGAGGGGCGGCCUACACGUCGCCUCCCACUAUUCCCUGCACACUAUCCUGGACACGGUGGCGCACGCCACGAACUUCCUGAACAUGAUCUUGCAAGCCAACAGGUCCCGUGACCAAACCCCGCGCAGGGACACGCACUGGUACCACGCACUAGUGCAGAGCAUCCUCGAGGGGGACCCCAAAAUCCACAGGGCCGUGGUGACCUUUCACACGGACGCACCGACGCCUGGCCCCCAUUUUUUCCUCCAGGCGACGAGGACCGAGAAGGAGGUGGUGCUGCAGGACCUGUCCAGCAGCGCACACCGUCUCCUAAGGAGCAGAAGCUCGGAGUCUGACUGGUUCAAUGAGUUCAGGGACGGUAGGAGACCACACUCUCACAGAAGACUCCCGGAAACAUCGGGCUCCAAGAAUAGAAGUUACUCCCUGGACAAAAACCAGAUCAAGUGGUCAGCGCCGUACCUGGAGUGUGAAAACGGGGCGUUCGUGCCCUAUUGGUUACUGACUUUAUCUGCUGGCUUCUAUGGACUGAAGAACAACUCAGCACCAGACUUCAGGGGCGUUGUUCGUGUGGAUGUGAACCUGCAGGACGUGGACAUUGACCAGUGCUCCAACAGUGGCUGGUUUGCUGGGACUCACCGGUGUAAUCUCACCAGCAUGGAAUGCACACCGAUCAUUGGCCAUGGAUUUGUGUUGGACAAGUACAAGUGCCAGUGCAGGAGAGGAUUCUACCACCCGCGCAGAGUGGCACUCAAUGGCUUUAAAAGUAAACAGCAGUUCUCGCUCAGAGACGAGGCCUCUGACGUGUCAAAUAAGUGCAUGCCGUGUCGCAAGGGUUGCACCUACUGCCAGGACGACACACCGUGUCUGGUGCUGGAGGACGGUGCUCUGCGGCUCGCCGUAGCCUCCUUCCAGGCUCUGUGUAUGGUACUGGACCUGGCCGGCAUGGUGGUGGUCUACCACUUCAGGAGGAACAAGAGUAUCCGCACAUCUGGUCUCAUUCUGAUGGAAGCCAUCUUGUUUGGGGCUUUGCUGCUGUACUUCCCGGUGAUGAUCCUCUACUUUCAGCCCAGUGUGUUCCGAUGUAUCCUCCUGAGGUGGGUGCGCCUCCUGGGUUUCGCCAUCAUGUACGGCACCGUCAUCCUCAAACUAUACAGGGUGUUAAAGGUGUUCCUGUCCCGCACGGCCCAGAGGACGCCUUACAUGACCAGCUGGCGUGUCGUGCGGCUACUGGCAGUGAUUCUGCUGGUGGUGCUGUGGUUCCUCUUGGCCUGGACCUCUGCCGUGUGCCAGAACCCUGAACUGAGUCAUGCCCUGAUCGCUGCAGGCCUCACCCCAGAGGGACUGCAGUUCAGUAUGUGUCUGCUGGACCAGUGGGACUACAUGAUGGCUGUCGCGGAGUUCCUGUUCCUGCUGUGGGGCGUGUACCUCUGCUACGCCGUCCGCACGGUGCCCUCGGCUUUCCACGAACCGCGGUACAUGGCCGUGGCCAUCUACAAUGAGCUCCUCAUAUCGGCCAUUUUCCACAUCAUCAGGUUCUCUCUGGUGCCCGGUUUACACCCUGACUGGAUGCUCAUGUUGUUCUUUGCUCACACUCAUCUGACUGUGACUGUGACUCUGGGCCUGCUGCUUGUUCCAAAGUUUCUUUCUAAAGGGACUCAGGCCAGGGAUGACAUCGCCACUGAGGCCUACGAGGAGGAGUUGGACAUGGGAAGAUCUGGUUCUUACCUCAACAACAGCAUCACUUCAGCCUGGAGUGAGCACAGCUUGGACCCUGAGGACAUACGGGAAGAGCUGAAGAAGCUGUAUGCUCAGCUGGAAGUCUACAAACGCAAAAAGAUGCUCGCAAAUAACCCCCACCUCCAAAAGAAACGCAGCUCCAAGAAAGGCCUGGGCCGCACCCUGAUGAAACGUAUAACAGAGAUCCCAGAGACCAUGCACAUGCACCGCCAGUGCAGUCGUGAGGACGGCAGCGAGCACGGCAGCAACCGCAGCACCUUGAAGAGAAACCCCAUUGAACCAAGUCAUCACGGAAAACCUCUGGAUGACUCCAUGAAGAACAAAGUCAUGGGCUUGACAAAGUCACUCAGCUAUGAUCACGUGUGUGACCAGGAUGAGGAAAUGGGAAGCCAAAGUGGCUCGACAGCAGGAGACAAUCUGGCUUCUGUUGGUGGCGGCGGAGGAGAGGGAUCUCUUCUGGGUUCCCUCAUCGGCAGGAGACACGCCAAGAAGCAGCAAGAGUCCGCCGCUCUGACCCCACCGAGACUGGAACCAGCCGAGUCCACAGAGUCAGUCCCGCUGUUCUGGAAAUCGGCCAGCGUGCACAACCUAACACACGAGAAGAAACCCGUCCACCUCCGCACCUCCAUUAUGCAGAAAUCUCUGAGUGUGAUCGCCAGUGCUAAGGAGAAAAUGCCUGGACUUUCCAACAAGACGCAGAGUGUGGAGGACGCCAGUAAGAAGGGUUUGAAGGGACAAGAGGGGAGAACGCUGUCUGAUGUGGACGACAAGCCUGAGCAUUACUCAAAAAUGAUCAUCAGUCAAUCAGUGGAGUACUCCAAGACGCCGAUGAAGAUGGGCAUCAUGAAACAACAGGUGAGUGGCAGCCAGCCAUCCAUCUGCUCUGAGAUUGGGAGGAACCUUUAUGACGUGUCUGAGGUUUGUCCCUGGGAAAUGGAAGAACCGGAGACACCCUCCGAGGCAAAAGCCCAGAAACAUGUGUCCAUCGCUCCUGGAGAGACCACCAGCAGCCGCAGAGGCAGCAGUAGCAGCUCUGGACUCACCAAAGGGAGUCGGUCCCAGCAGAGGCAGAAGACAGGGCAUUCUCCCUCCAACAGGCGUCGCUCCAAAGAUAAAGCGGGAGAGAAAGAUGAGGGAAGGGAAAUGCGGAGAUCCCGGCCUCCUAGAUCACCUCUGCCCCUUAAGCCGGAUGUGUGCCCUUGGGAAUUUGAUGAGCAGCCCAUACUGGGAAGAGAUUCAGAUUCCAUCUCCCCUGACAGGAUCAGACGAAAGAAAAGCGUCACCCCCACUGAGGGCAAAACCAUGGGGCUGCGCUCAGACCACUCUAAGUCCACUGGGAGCCUUUUACAGCCUCCUACUCUGAUGGUAGAAAUCUGCCCAUGGGAUUAUACCAGCCCACCAUCACCGAAACAGGAGAAGACCUGCAACAGCCCCACCACGCACAAAAAGAAACGGAAAGGCUCAUGCUCGUCCAACCACAAAGCAGAGAAGGAGAAGGGGAGGGAGAAAAGCCGAGAGAGGCGGAGCUCCUCCAGUAAGCCGCCGUCAGAGAGGCGAAGGGUCAGUCAGUCAUCGGAGUGCAGUGGGCCGGUUUCUGACCGGCGGAGGAGCUCGACCAGAGACCCAGAGGCGAUGGAGAUUAGGAGGGCAGACGUUUUCUCCCAGGAGACCGAGCCCCGGCACACCAGCUUCUCCCACAAACCUAAAUCCUCACCAGAGAGGAAGCGCUCUUUGAAUAGUGGUUACAAACCUGCUGUCAUCAGUGGCGCAAAAAAAGCCGACGUUUGCCCCUGGGACUUUGAAGACUCUGGUGAGCGAGCAUGAUUGAAUGAGCAAAGAUUGUAUUUUUCUUUUUUUUUCUUUUGUAUUCACAGACUGACAGCACACAAGACAAAGCAACUGAAAUUAAUGAUAAGGAUUUUACAGAGUAUUUGACAUGAAAGAGUUUCUCUGAGUCACUUCACUAGCGUACAGAGAUGUCAGAAGGAAACACUGUCAUCGGUGCACCACAAACAUAACCUUUUGCCCUCUCAACUUGUUGUUGUUACGUUGCUGUGAUUGCAACCUUGAAGUCACUUUAAUGAGUAUUAAUCUGCACUUUUGCUUGCCCGUUUGUCAGUUACAUGUUAUAUGUACGUUUUAUCACACUGAUUCCAUCGAGGCGAUGUGUAAAUGAAUCAUAUUUACCAGCAGAUCUGACAAUCAUUGGUACACACACACAGUAAAUGCUGCACCUGUGAGCGUAAUGAAUAGUAGGGGCAUGUUUCCCUGUUAUGCUGAUGAUAGUCUGCGUUUCACAAUAAAUCCUGCCCCACACUAGAAGGUUUUCAAAUCUGACUUGAUUUUAAAAACGUGGGAAACCACACACACAACCCACUUCGUAACCGAAUGUUUUAAUCCAGUCAAAAACGCAGGACCUCACACUUUUGGGAUCUCACAGAAACUCGCAUGAUUUAACAUGACGUCAGAAUAUAAACAGAAAUGAAGGUGGACUGUCGGUGUAUCUGUAUGUGAUGUUUUGUGCUGAGAAACACACAAAACUGUGGAUGAAGUCAUGGCUGAGAAGACAGAAUCUAUUUACCGUCAAAGUACCUUCUCGCGAUCAGGGACUUUUGAGAUUAGGAGAAACCAAGAGUACAAGUUUCGGGUUGUAAACAAAAGUACAUCCGUCAACUCGCUCUCAUUUGUUAUUAUGGGGUUCUGCUCACGGAAUCACUGUUCAGUCAUAAAUAUCAAAAACAGGUUUUAAUACUUACGAUUUGAAAUCUGACUCUGAUGCGUCCGAUGACGUUAAAAAUCGCGUCUCACACAACAGGAUAAUUUGGACAGAUAAUGUGUUUCAAAUCCAAAGACACCCACGGUUGUCGGAAGGGUCAGAUUAGGACCGAAUUUUACUCUAAUGUGGUGUGGGGCAGACAUGAACCAGUGGAGACUUAAUCCAUCAGCUGCUGAUGAGGGAAAAAGACCCCUUUGAUUUAUCCAUGCGCUUUUAUUUGUACAGUUGUCUUUGGACUUCUUGUUGUUUUUCCUUAACCCUGGGUAUUUAGUUAUUUGUGCCUGGGCUUCAGUUCCUAGUGUCCUCUUUGAUUUUUCACUUCUUUCCUGUCCUGUUUUCCCAUUUGAUUGGUGGCCCCACCCUUGUGUGUUUCACUUGCAGUGUUUGAUUAUCCCUGCCUCUCUAGAGUAUGUUCUUGUUGUUGGUUCAUUUGUUUCACUUUAGUUUGUUGCUUUAGUAUUUCCAUGCAUUUCCUGUUUUUUUCUCUUUAUGGUUAUGUCUUUGUUAGUUUCUCUCAUUAAAGACCUGUUUUGUUCAUUUUUGCAACAUGUGUGCGGGUCCUAAAUAUCUUACAACCGAGCAGGAUCCGUUUGACUGAGAAAUGUGGAUAAAUGAAGAAACAUGUAAAGAUUCUCUGUAUGAAGAGUGUCAUUUUUUUUGCAUGAUGCAAACAAAUAUGUCAAGCAUCCAGUAACAUGACGUUUAUUGGUUAACUUGUACUCGAUAUGACAGUGGAACUUUUGAUGUUGUAGCCUUUGUCUCCUUAUGAUGAUGCCUCUGAAAUGAUGUGCAUUGCUGUCAAUAAUGUACAUACAUGUUGUUGCAGUACUGAAAUAUCCCUGAGGCUCUACCUUCCCUUCAUUUUUUUUCAUUUUUUUCAUUUUCUUUAUGUUUUUUAUUUUAUGUU